UAUUUUGCCUGUCAGCUGGCAAUUUGACAAAUGUCAUAUAGCUAAAUUUAUGUGCAAAGCGUUUAGAAGAUUUUACAAUUGAGUUAAUUCUGGAAUUCUUGGUUAUACUGGAUAUCGACAAUGAUUGAAAUUACUUGUAAUGAUCGAUUGGGCAAAAAGGUGAGAGUGAAAUGCAAUCCGGAUGACACUAUUGGCGAUCUAAAGAAGUUAAUUGCAGCGCAGACAGGCACAAAAUCUGAAAAGAUAGUUCUAAAAAAGUGGUACACCAUCUAUAAAGAUCCUAUACGUCUAUGCGAUUAUGAAAUACAUGAUGGCAUGAAUUUGGAGCUUUACUAUCAAUAGUUAUUAAUAGAUAUCGCAUACUAAAGAUUGAAUUCUCCGUUUUGAUAAAUAAUUUCUUUUCUUAAGUCUACUUAAUAAAAUAUUUAUAAAAAAAAAAAAC